AUGCCUAUUUCAAUGAGCGAAAUCAAAGUUGAAGCUCCACUGGAUAAAUCCAAAUCCUGUGAAAGAACUGGAUCUCUCGUCACAGAUUUACAAGCCCAUUUAGAUAGGGCUAAAAUCGAUUUCAAUGUUAAAUUCAACAGAAAAUUUACUAAUCCUCCAAAUGUUUUAUUAGAAGAUUUUGAUCGCAUGAGAACUUUAGGUACGGGAUCCUUCGGUCGAGUCAUGUUGGUUAAAAAUAAAAAAACCGGACUUUUUUACGCCAUGAAAAUUCUAGACAAAUCUAAAUUGGUACGUUUGAAGCAAGUCGAACAUACGCUAUACGAAAAAAGAAUUCUUUCGUCCAUACAUUUUCCUUUUGUGGUUUAUAUGGAGUUUUUUUUUAAAGACAAUAGCUACCUCUAUUUUGUCAUGCCGUUCAUUUUAGGCGGAGAAAUGUUUUCGCAUCUUCGAAAACUCGGUAAAUUUGAAGAAAACCUUUGUAGAUUUUACGCAGCUCAAGUUGUUCUUGCUUUACAAUAUCUUCAUCAUUUAGACCUUGUCUAUCGAGAUUUAAAACCCGAAAACAUUCUCAUAGACCGAAACGGUUAUUUAAAAUUAACCGAUUUCGGAUUUUGUAAAAUUGUUUCCGGGCGAACGUGGACGUUAUGCGGAACUCCCGAAUAUUUAGCCCCCGAAGUUAUUCUAAGUAAGGGAUAUGGUAAAAGCGUUGACUGGUGGUCCCUCGGAAUUUUAAUUUAUGAAAUGGCCGCCGGUUAUCCGCCUUUUUAUGCAAACGACCCCAUGAAGAUUUACGAAAAAAUAGUAUCCGGAAAAUUUCGUUUCGCAUCCAAUUUCACGCCCGACAUAAAAGAUUUGAUAAAAAAUUUACUUCAAGUUGAUUUAUCGCGACGCUACGGUAAUUUGAAAAAUGGCGUCGAAGACAUUAAAGGUCAUAAGUGGUUUAAAAAUGUUGAAUGGUUAAAUUUACUGAAUCACAUGGUUGAACCACCCUUUAUGCCCAAAGUGAGAAGCCCCGGGGACACUUCAAAUUACGAUCAUUACGAUGAAGAAACCUUACAUGUGGGCUCUAAUGAUAAAUUUCAAAAAGAAUUUCGUGAAUUUUAA